AUGGUAUUCGGACUCUCGCACUCCCACUCUUCCAACAAAGAGAAAAAGGAAUUACCUGUUCUAGACUCAAGCUCCGAGACGGAUCUUGAAACUGCAACUGUCAAGACCGAUGAUGUAUUCGGUACCAUAAGUGAAGACGGUCCAAACUACCGCAACGUCGGAUGGCUAGGAACAACUGUCUUACUGAUCAAAUCGCAAAUUGGUGUUGGUGUAUUGAGUGUACCUUCCACCUUGGCUGUAUUGGGUAUCGUACCUGGUAUAAUCUGCCUAUGGGUUAUCUCGGGAAUUAUCUGUUACUCUGAUUAUGUCGUGGGGCAGUUUAAAAGGAGACAUCCCCAAGUUUACGGUAUCGACGAUGUUGGACAUCUACUCUUCAAAGGGAGGUUAGGAAGGGAAGUGAUAGCUGUGAUGUACUGGCUUUUCAUGACAUGUGUAGCUGCAUCUGGUUUAUUGGGUAUCUCAAUCGGUCUCAAUGCGAUCUCCUCGCACGGUACAUGUACGGCGGUCUUCGUAGCUGUAGCUACGGUGAUUACUUUCUUUUUGUCUUGUAUACAGACUUUGGGCAAGAUAUCUUGGCUUGGAUGGGUAGGAUUGGUUUCGAUUAUGAGUGCUCUGUUAACCUUGACAAUCGCCGUCGGAGUGGAAGAUCGACCCGCCACAGCACCUCAGGACGGAGCGUGGGAUAAAGGAUUAGUAAUUUGGGGUCAACCUACUUUCACAGAAGCUAUCACUGCGGUGUCAGCUUUGGUAUUCGCGUUUACAGGUACACCAGCAUUCUUCGGUAUCGUAUCUGAAAUGAGGGAUCAAAGGAAAUACACCCAAUCGAUGCUCCUCUCCCAAAGUUUCGUGACUGCUGUUGAUACAGUCGUCGGAGUUGUGGUGUAUUACUACUGUGGUCAAUUCGUUGCGUCGCCAGCUUUGGGAAGUGCAGGUGGUACUCUGAAGAAAAUCUGUUAUGGUCUUGCUUUACCUGGUUUGUUCGUCACUGCUAUGAUGUUUACUCAUCUACCCGCCAAAUUCCUCUUCGUCCGACUUCUCCGAGGAAGUAAACACCUUACCAACAAUUCCACCAAACACUACGCUGUAUGGUACAGCUGUGUCAUAGGAUGUGUCUUGUUUUCAUACAUCAUUGCUAGUGCCAUCCCUGUAUUCGACGGUAUCGCUUCUCUUGUAGGAGCUUUGUUCGGUACGGUUUUAUGUAUCCAGCUCAUGGCUGGAAUGUGGUUAUACGAUAAUUGGGAAAAGAGAACCACCAACAAGACUAUUUUAUAUAAGUUCCUCCUUUUCUGGAAUAUUUUCAUGAUCGCUUUAGGUUCAUUCUUGAUGGUUGCAGGAACAUACGGUGCUGUGAUCGACAUCAAAGACUCAUAUGCUGCUGCCGAAGGAGCAGGAGCUUGGUCAUGUAGAGAUAACUCUUCAUAA